UGCCUGGAUGGGAUUGACUACGACUUCAAUUUCGGCUCCCACAUAAUGGAGCAGAAGGAGCCCCUGAUGGAGACGGCGGAAGGUCCCUAUCUUGUCAUCAUCGAGCAGCCAAAGCAGCGGGGGUUCCGGUUUCGGUACGGCUGUGAGGGCCCUUCGCACGGCGGGCUGCCAGGAGCAUCCAGUGAGAAGGGACGCAAGACCUAUCCCACCGUCAAGAUCUGCAACUACACCGGGAUGGCCCGAAUCGAGGUGGACCUGGUGACACACAGCGACCCUCCUCGCGUGCACGCCCACAGCCUGGUGGGCAAGCAGUUCAGCAACCUGGGUGUGCUUCACGUAACCAAGAAGAACAUGAUGGAGAUCAUGAAGGAAAAGCUGAAGCAGCAGAAGAUGCGCAACAGGAGCCAUUUGCUGACAGAAGCGGAGCUGCGUGAGAUCGAGGUGGAGGCAAAGGAGCUGAAGAAGGUGAUGGAUCUGAGCAUCGUGCGGUUGCGCUUCACCGCCUACCUCCGCGACAGCAGCGGGAACUUCACACUGGCCCUCCAGCCUGUCAUCUCGGACCCCAUCCACGACAGCAGUGAGCACGGGGCCAGGCUGUGGAGGGGAUGGGGCAGGACAGGGUAA